UGAUGCGUCGGAAAGUCGAAACUAUUUGUCUCUCGGUGUGAAAUGGCGGCGUUUUGUAGCGUGCUUUCAUGCGGUUUCGAACGCAGCCAAUGACAUCACCAGUUUCGGAAGGACGGGUCACGUGACGCGGACAGUUCACCUGACGAACAGGUAGAGGAAGGCAAGUGUCUUUAGCCGUAAAGCCUUACUUCAGGGAAGCAGGACUAAAAGAAAAACAAAACUCAUGUCAUCAGCUUACGGGUUAGCGGCGCGUUUUGAUCAUAUCCGAGAACCGCACUAUGACCAAGUGCCGUUUGGAUCCCUAUCCCGGGAACAAGACUUCCCGUACCCCCUUGGUGGUGUGGUGCCAGCCAUCAGCGCCGACCCCUUACCGCCUCCCCCUCUUCCAUUUGACCCGCCCGUGGGUCCAGACUUCUACCCGGAUAAUCCUGAGGACCAGCCAGACGAAGCCAUGGACAUCAAACCGGUGCGCCGUUUCAUCCCCGACUCUGUGAAGAACUUCUUCCGAGGUGGCAGCUUCCGGAGCAGCAAAACCCAGUCGUUUCCACCACCUCCAUCCGAAAUCGUGAACAGCACUACACAUGGGGUACCAUGUUCACCUCCACAUUCUCGCCCACCUUCACCCAACGCCCCCAGCUCCUACACUGACCCGUAUGGAGGCUCUGGAGGAAGCUACGCCUCACGUAAGGAGCAGGCAGCGCUGCUCGGUGAGGCUCUGGAAUCGGUAUCAGGCCGCUCGGCACGUACAGCCAUGACGUACAGCGAGAAGGUGGAGGAGUACCACAUGCGCUACGCCUAUAUGAAGUCCUGGGCAGGCUUGUUACGCAUCCUUGGCUGUGCUGAGCUCCUCUUAGGUGCUGCUGUCUUCGCGUGUGUCUGCGCAUAUGUGCACAAGGAUAACGAGUGGUAUAACAUGUUUGGCUACAAUCAGCAGCCUGGCUAUGGAGCCAGUUAUGGAGGGAUGUACGGCAACUACGGAGUCAACUACAGGGGACCCAAGACACCUUUCAUCCUGGUGGUGGCAGGACUGGCCUGGAUUGUCACGGUCAUCCUGCUCGUGCUGGGGAUGACCAUGUACUACCGCACCAUCUUGCUGGAUUCCAGUUGGUGGCCAGUGACGGAGUGUGUAAUAAACAUAGCACUGGGGCUGUUUUAUUUAUCGGCAGCUAUAGUAUACGUGAAUGAUACGGUACGCGGUGGCCUCUGCUACUCCCCGUUUUUCAACAAUGGCCCCAGUGCUGCCUUUUGUCGCACAGAAGCUGGACAAACGGCCGCCACCAUCUUCCUGUUCCUCACUAUGCUGCUGUACCUGGUUGGGGCUGGAGUGUGUCUCAAACUGUGGAGGCAUGAACAGGCAAGACUACGCCGAGAAGCCCUGGCACAAGAGAAUAAGACUGUUGCAUCGUUACCGCUGACUAUGAUUGGAGCUGGAUCCAGUGUAUCAGGGCCGGUCUUUAAACAUCAAACAAUGGCUUCCCCUGACAAUGUGGAUGAUGCCGUAAACAUUCCACAGACUAUGAUGGAGCCAGAGUACCUGAGGGGUCACAUACCGGCAGGACACAUCCCUAAACCAGUGGUCAUUGCAGAUUAUGUGGCGAAGUACCCCACCAUCCGCACCGAUGAGGAGAGGGACCAGUACAGGGCUGUGUUUAACGAUCAGUACGCUGAGUAUAAGGAGCUCCAUGCUGAGGUUCAGAUUCUGGCCAAAAAGUUUGAAGAGAUGGACAGUAUGAUCCAGAGCCUGCCGUCUCAGCCGUCCAGUCAAAUGGAACACGAGCGGAUCAGCCAAAUCAUGCAGGACUACCAGAGGAAGAAGAAUGACCCCACUUUCCUGGAAAAGAAGGAGCGAUGUGAAUAUCUAAAGAACAAACUCUCGCACAUCAAGCAGAAGAUCCAGGAAUACGACAAAGUGAUGGACUGGAACGACGGCUACAGCACGUGACCUCAUCGCCCUGCUGUGUGACAUCAUCACCAACCCAAAGUGCUGACGGCGUCAGUGUGUGUGAUACGCUGCACUGUGACACUAAUCACCUGCUCCAGGUUUAAAUCUGAUGCAUCCCUUCCCUGUAAAGUAAAACACUAGCACUGUUUCAGAAGUUAAACAUAAUGCUGUAAUAUGCUUUAUGAAGAGUUUUUUUGGAAGGAAAGAAAAGGGUUAUUUAUAUUAGAAAUCAUCUUGCCAAAAAAUAGACUGGUGCCAAUAAGACUGGUUUCCUGGUUCCGGUCUUGCUGCAACUCUAACUAGCUUCACUUACAGGGAGGAUUUGAAAACUUUUACACGUGAUGUAUUUGUACAGGUUAUUUUUAUUUGAUCAUUUCAUGUGAUUCCCACCUGCCAGGGAAAAACAACCCUUUUACACUCACGUUACACUUUGAGGAGUAAAGUGUAUAGUUCGGGUGAUGGGCGUGGCUUUGUCUCCAAACUUCUCUCUUCAUUUAUUAAAAAAGAAAUUCAUUAAAAUUCCCGUAGUUAGUUUAGGAAAUUUGUGUAAGAUUGUGCGUUUGGUUUUUUUUUUUUCUUUUAGGGUAGCUACCAGUUAUUAAAAUGUGAACUCUCGUAAUCGUUUGUGUUUAGAUGUAUGCAGAAGUCAAUUUGAAUGAAGUCAUAGCCAAAGGUUCUACUGUUGGAUGAUACUGAAGUAAGAAAUGAUUUUAAAUGAGCCAAAAUGUUUUUUUGUUUUUAUUUUUUGGUUCUGUACAACUUUUAUGAUUUUUACUGUAAUGUAAUGUAACGUGUUCGCACUGAAGUGAUCGGAAUUAGAGGUUUAGUGAAAAUGUUUUUGUACACUUUUAUAUCAGGAGAGUAAACGGAGAACUUGCAUUGAUGUGUUGUCUUCAUUUUUUUUAUUAAAAAAAAUAUGAAUUAGA